CUUUUUUUGUGGUAGGCCAAGACCUUUAAAAAUGGGGGGAACUCUCACACUUGAACUUUCUUUAUAAAUAAACUCUGUAAUGCACUCAGAUGGUACCAGUUACUUCUUAGCCAUCUUAACAGAUAGUUCAUCUACCCAAAACUUAGACAAAAAUGUCCUUAAAGAUUGUUAUUGCCUUCUGCAUAGUUGCUCUUGUAGCAGCUGGAGAAUACGAAAUCCCACAUCACGAAUCGCAUCACGAUUCGCAUCAUCAAGUCGAUUAUUAUGCACCACCCAAAUACGAUUUCAAUUAUGGCGUCCAUGAUGAACACACCGGAGACAUCAAGAGUCAAACAGAAGCCCGCGAUGGUGACGCCGUUCAUGGUCAAUACAGUCUGAUCGAUGCCGAUGGCUUCAAGAGAACCGUCACUUACACCGCCGAUGACCAUAAUGGCUUUAAUGCUGUAGUUCAUCGGGAACCUUUGAGCUAUGAUGCCCAUCAUCAUCAUGCUGCAGCAGCUCAUUCCCAAGGCUCGCCUUCAUAUCAUUAAUCAGGGAUUGAAUUAAUUGAUUUUUCAUUUAUAUUUUUUGUU